AUGGGCCAGACAGUGUCACCAGGACCACAGGCCCCUAGAGCGUUUCCUUCCCCUUGGCGCAUCUCAAUAUGUGAGAAGAGUGAGGAACAGUACAGCCAGGGCUUGAUCAGUGAACAAAUUGCUGUUCCUUUCUCCCGGGAGCUCUCCCGGGCGGCCGACGGUGCGCGGGCACCACCCUUGGGGAGGGGAAGUGCCCGCAGCCCGUCUCUCUCAACCUGGAUCCGAGAGUCGUGGCCGCGGUGCCCGAGCUCGGGCCAGACGCCUCGUCAGCGGGACAGCUGGGACCCGUGCCGCGCGCACCUGGUCAGCCACGUGGCGGCGGGGCGGGGCCUGGGCGGGGCGGGCCCAGCUCUAGGAGCCGGCGUCCCGGGAACAGCUGGGACCCGAGCCAUCCGCCGGGCCCAGGGCUUCCUGAGAACUUGGUUCGAGAGGGGCGGAGGCUGGAAUGGGGGUGUACGCUGCGCCGUAGGGGUUCGCAGGGGUCUCCCCACCCAGACCGCCAGGACCCCCAUUUCCAGAAGAAUGGCCCAGAUGUCUCAAGUGCAGGAAAUCUUCCACGAGGCAGCCCAGCAGGAGGCCCUGGCCCAGCCCCAACCCUGGUGGAAGAUCCAGCUAUUCGUAUGGGAGCCGGUGCUGUUCGGGACCUGGGACGGCGUGUUCACCUCCUGCAUGAUCAACAUCUUUGGGGUUGUCCUUUUCUUAAGGACUGGCUGGCUGGUGGGAAACACAGGCGUGCUUAUGGGCGUGUUUCUGGUGUCCUUCGUCGCCCUGGUGGCCCUGGUCACCGUGCUGUCCGGCAUCGGGGUUGGGGAGCACUGCGGCGUGGGCCGUGGCGGCGUGUACUCCAUGGUCGCCGCGGUCCUUGGCGGGCAGACGGGAGGCGCCAUCGGGCUGCUCUAUGUCUUUGGACAGUGUGUUGCAGGUGCCAUGUACAUCACCGGCUUUGCUGAAUCCGUCUCAGAUCUGAUGAGUCUCAGGAAUAUCUGGGCCGUGCGAGGAAUUUCAGUCGCCGUGCUUCUGGCCUUGCUGGGGAUUAACCUAGCAGGUGUCAAAUGGAUAAUCCGUCUCCAGCUGCUGCUUCUGCUCCUGCUCGCCGUGUCCACCCUGGACUUUGUGGUGGGCUCUUUCACGCACCUGGACCCAGAACAUGGUUUUAUUGGAUAUUCACCAGAACUGCUGCAGAACAAUACUCUGCCAGAUUACAGCCCUGGAGAGUCCUUUUUCACUGUCUUCGGGGUGUUCUUCCCCACAGCUACAGGAGUCAUGGCCGGUUUCAACAUGGGGGGCGACCUCAGGGAGCCUGCUGCCAGCAUCCCCCUGGGCUCCCUAGUAGCCGUUGGCAUUGCGUGGUUUCUGUACAUCGUCUUUGUCUUCCUGCUUGGCGCCAUCUGCACCCGAGAGGCCCUUCGCUAUGACUUCCUGAUAGCGGAAAAGGUGUCCCUAGUGGGCUUCCUAUUCCUUUUGGGCUUGUACAUCUCAUCCCUGGCCUCCUGUAUGGGAGGCCUCUAUGGAGCCCCCCGGAUCCUGCAAUGCAUCGCCCAGGAGAAAGUGAUCCCCGCGCUGGCCUGUUUGGGGCAAGGGAACGGGCCAAAUAAAACGCCGGUAGCUGCCAUCUGCCUGACCAGCUUGGUGACCACGGCCUUUGUCCUCGUGGGUCAGGUGAAUGUCCUGGCCCCCAUCGUCACCAUCAACUUCAUGCUGACGUACAUCAUGGUGGACUACUCUUACUUCUCCCUGGCCAUGGGGGGCUGCAGCCUCUCGGAGAGGCCUGAGUUGGUGCCCGGGGAGGGCCUGGGUGCUCUCCAGGGCUCUGAGCCCCUGCUUCUGGAGAAGGCUCCCAGUUAUGGCUCUGAGGGCAUUGCCCAGAGCCCCUCUGAGGGCACUCUGCUAGAAUUCACCAAGGACAUGGAUCAGCUCCUCCAGCUAACCAGGACGCUGGAGAGUAGCCAGCCCAGGGGAGGAGAGAGCCAUGGGAUCCUAGAGAAUCAGAAGCGGAAGACCAAGAAGGCCAGCAAGCAAACCCUCCAAGAGAGCUUCCUCCUGGACCUCAGGUCCCCUGCUUCCUUCCCUCCUGGGGAUGCUGAUGGAUGGCCUACUGCCUCCUGGGAAGGGCAGAGGCCCCACAGGAAUGCACAGAGUCCCAGAAGUGAAGGGGAUCAGCCUAGGGGAGCCUAUGGAGCAAAACUCAUCCCUGAGCCAAGUAACCAGCCCAGGCCAAGCAGAGAAGAUUUCUUCCUAAAGUCCUGGCUACAGGAACAAGAUAUCCAGAGGAGACCAACUUCUUUCUACACUCACAUAUGCAAUCCCUGGGUCUCCCUGUUGGGGGCUGUUGGGUCCCUUCUCAUCAUGUUUGUUAUCCAGUGGGUCUAUACCCUGGUUAACAUAGGUGUUGCUGCCAUUGUAUAUUUCUACAUCGGUCGGACAAGCCCCGGACUUCACCUUGGUUUAGCCUCCAACUUCAGCCUUUUAAGAUGGAUGAAAUCCCUCCUGAUCCCCUCCUACAGGAGCUUGCCAUCCCCCCAAGAGCAGAUCAUUUUGGCACCGUCCCUGACUAGGGUUGACACGGAGAUGACUCAGCUCACCCAGGAGAACGCAGACUUCGCCACUCGGGAUCGCUACCACCACUCCUCGCUAGUGAGCCGGGAAGAGCUGAUGCCUCAGUACUAG